GAGUCAUGUUUGUUGUGACGUGUGCCGAUGGCUGGGUCAGCUAGUGUGCUACAGAAUAUUUCUUUCUAGCCCAGCCGCCCCACAAGUUGUGGAUGUGUCGCCGCGCUGGUGAAGUUAGCAGGGUGAUGAGUUGAACCGGCAUUUCCUAUCAACCAGCGCGGAGCCGAUGUCGGUUACUGGCGUGCUAGCCGUUGCUGUCACGCUGAUCGGCUUCGUGGUACCUUUUGCCAGGUGUCACGGAAAACCAGAGUACUCGCAACGAGGCCUCCAACAGGAACUCGAAGUCGUCAGCCGAAUCCUGAGCGUCUUCGCGAAGCAAGAGAAAGAUCCAUGCAUACCACGUGGGCGCAUCUUAGCUAUCAUACGGACCGAAAAACCAAGGUACAACAGCACUUGGUCCAUCGUAAUGGUGUUCAUAUCCAACCUCGUCUUGAUGUUCAACCUCUUCGUCAUGGUGGUGACGCGGUACCUGCGCUACGACAUUCGGAACAGCAUUGGCCAGCUCCUCAGAGAGGCUGCUGAUGAAGACACAAUGUCGCCUCUUCCGAGCUCCUUUUAUUAACCAAUUCAAAAGGAGACACUGUGAAAGAAUGGAACCACUAUGACAAUACACAGGUUUUACUCGUGCA